AUGGGCUCAGCUCCCUCGAAAAAUAAAAAGAAGAACCGUUACUCCUCCCAAUCCCUCACACGAAAGUCAAAGAAGACCACCUCCAACAACAACAACACCGACAACACCGACAGCCCUACAGCAACACCUGGUGACGGUCGUCCUCGGGUCCUUUCCGAGGCGUCUGUUCUCCCUCAGAUCCCGGCUCAAUGGGGUUCGAGUAGUAGUAACAACCAAAUCCAACAUGACCAACAACAGCAGCAACCGCCUCUGAAGCAGAAGGAGCAGCGUGCGUUGGAGGAGAGCGUUUACUACAGUCCGAUGAACAACCAUGACAACCAAGAUCUCUACCAGGGUCAAGGACACACCAAAUCCACCACCACCACCACCACCACGAACAACAUCAACAACAACAACAACAACAACAACAAUGACGGACGGACAAGCCCAAGAAUCAGCGGUGGAAACGUCUCCCCUACAGGCAACACCAUCCGGCCCCGAACAAACUCUUCCGGCCUCUCGUCCUUCUCCUUCCUCAAGAGCCGCAAGAGUAGCUCCUCCCCUCGCCAUCGUCAAGUGUCCGAGAAAGACCACCACUACAGCCACAGGGUCAUCGAUAUCAGCUCGCCCAUAAUCGAGUCCAGGAUCAUGAUGGGCGCAGGCAACUACAGUCGAGACCCGACCUUUGCCGCCAUUUCGACCGAGCAGCCAGUCCCCCCGAGAAAGAACCACCUCCGUCGCAGUCUCGAGGCCAGCCAGUUCGAACAGCAGACCAACACCUAUGUCGAGCCUCCCAAGCCCAACGCUGGUGCGUACAGAGCCCCUGUCCCCUCUCUUCCGUCCUCGCCCGCGCAACCGCAGCAGUCGUCGACUUUUAUGGCCAGUCCUUCAUUACCCUCGCCCUUUGAUUCACCUGCAGUGGGCUAUUACCCUCCUCCUCCCGCCUUGACCUCUUCUUCAGUCCAAGACCCUCAUAGUCUCUGGAAGGAAACCACCUUGCGGAACGCCAACAAUGCGGCCAAUGCUGCAGCUUUUGUUUCAGCCACAGCUGCAGAGGGGCGUAAAAGUGAGCCCGCGGCAAACAGAUUGAGUCGAUCCGAGAGUAUUCACAGCCAAAAUAGUCGAGCCAGUUCCACGUUCUCGUCCUCCGGAAACAACCACAACAAGAACAAGGGCAAGCCCAUCUCGGGUCCGACCUUUGCGACCUCCCUCUCCCCUUCCCCCUCCAAUGCAUCCCAGUCAAGUUUCAAACACCGUGACCACCACCACCAUCGGAACAGCAAGACCAAUAUCGCCCAUUCCGAUGGUAAUGCCGAGUCCUCCCGUCUCAACAGCAACCAAGUCCGUCACUACCUGCACAGUCAACAAAUUGAGACCUCAUCUACCUCUGACUCCGAGAAUGCAUCAACCCUUUCCUUGCCUGGCUCAAGAUACCUCGGCGACAACCACAGUUUCAGGUCAAGGGCAGACGACGACGACGUCGGCGGUGGCGCUCGCAACAACAACAACACCUCCAUCCUUUCCGACAGACGACAUGCCUCAGAGAUUUCGCUAGCAGGGUCACCAGUCAGUGCCAUGGCCACCGGAGUCAACACACCUAGCCUUGCAGGAGGAGUCCGCACCCCCAACGACAGACAGAGUCAGUACUCAAGCCCACGUCACUCGACCUCUUCGUCUUUUGACGCGAAGCGAACCUCAUCCCCUCUGGCUUUCCCUGUCGAUGGCUCUACUGCUGCCACUGCUACUGCUGCUGCUGCCACUCCUGGGGAUCGUCCUGUGUCGCCUAAACGCCACCCAGCACACACCCUCAGCACCCGGACGGCCAACUCUUCGGCACGUGAAUCCAUGGUGUCGGUCAGCACCGCCAACUACCGCUGGAUGGAGGGGCUGGAUAUCGAGUCGGGUGUUCAAGACGCGAUCCAUCGGGACUCGGCCCUGCUGCUCUUUCCCUCUCCGACCACGUCAGAUCCCAGUUCCCUGGGCAAGGCUACUCCGGCCCCGUCCCCUACCACUGCACCUACGACCACCACAUCAUCACCCACAGUGCCCGCGAGACCUCCUGCAGGCGCUGAACCGAUCUUUAAUCCGGAACAGAUGGCCCAACAUAGUCUCGAGCAGCAAGCACAACAACACGCCCUACUCAAGUACUUUUUCAAGGGCAACUAUCAUGCUCCACUGAACAAGGCUGAACUCGGUUCCGUGCUCGAUGUUGGAUGCGGUGCAGGACUAUGGAUGCGGGAUAUGGCGCUCGAGUUUCCUUUGACAGAGAUCCACGGAGUCGAUGCAGUCGUCCCCACAAGGAAGCGUCGCCCUCGCGUACCACCCAACUCCUUAAACCCAAAGACGGGCUCUCCCAACGCAACCCCAUUCGGUUCCAAGCACUCCAGUCCCCAGGGUACUCCCACAUCCAGCGUCAGUGGAUCUUCAUCAUCCAUCGAUCCAUCGAUGAAGGUGCCCCCCGCGAUGUUGGAUUCGAUGCCUAACAACUGUUUCUUCCACAAGGCCGAUACGACUCGUGGGUUGCCGUUCCCCGAUAACACGUUUGACUUUUGUCGGGUGAGACUGGUCCUUUGGGGAUAUAACCUGAAUAGUUUCCCGGACAUGCUUUCGGAGCUGGUUCGUGUUACGAAGAAGGGUGGAUGGAUUGAGUUUGUGGAUAUGGAUCCUUGUAUCAAGAAGGCAAACGAGACUGGUACUCGUAUCAACGAAUGGAUCAAGACAGGAUUGAUUCACGGCAACUUGGAUCCAGAUCUGGUCAAGACGCUCCCAAAGUUCCUUCGAGAGUAUUGCGACGCCACCAGGGAUGCAGCCAUCGCCGAGACCGACCCUGAAACCCAUCGCGAGUCACAGUACCGAACUGGCUCCUGCAUCCUCCCCACAGAGCCCUAUGGCCUCGACCGAUUGACCGUCUCCAAGAUCUCGCUCCCCUUUGGUUCCUGGGGAGGUAAAAUCGGAGAGCUCUGGCAGCAGUGCUUCAUCACCUUUUUGCACGAGCUUGAGCCGUUGAUCAUGGAUGCUACUCUCUCAGGGCUUGUUAUGGAUCAGUAUCAUCGACAGUUCCAGCAGGAAAUGCAGCACCGCUUUGCAGAGGCUGCUGCUGCCUCUGAGGAAUCCGAGGCGGGUACCAGUGCCACCGAUCCGUCUAAGUCAAAGGAGCGUGUGACAAGUUUCGAUCAACGCCUGUGCACUCACUUGGCAUGGACAAACCUAAUCGACCAACUCGUCAAGGAUGCCACCAUCUCCCCCAUCUCACUCACCAACCCCGCCAGCAAAGCCAUGCCUUACUCCCACGACAACUUCCUAUCGUCCGUCAAGGAGGUCCGGUCUUACAACGACUUUUAUAUCGCCUACGCCCAAAAAGUCGAUAUUGUCGAGCUCAAACAGCAAUUACUUCUGUCGCAGCUCGAGCAGGAGAUCCUGUCCCCGAAUCUGAAUAUGGCUUCGGUGUCAACUUUCCCGUCGUUGGGUGCUGCUGCUGCGUAUAACCGGGCUGUUAAUAACUUGCAGAAGCUGGAGGGUGCUACCGGUGGUGGAUUUCUCACGGCGGCGGCGGCUGCUACAGUCAAGAGCGAUAAUGCUGGCGAGUCCGAUCGUGAGCCGGUGGACCGGCAGUCGGAUACAUCGCACAUCAUGGCCAACACCUUGAUCCAGAAGGCGUCUACGCCAAGCCUUCGUCAACAGUUCCUUGGUUCCAGAUCUGCAUCCGACCCCGGGUCUCCCAGCCCCAAGGCCUACUCCACCCCAGAUACAGGCCAUGGAGAGAAGGAGAAGGAUAACGAUGAGGAGGUAGAGGAGGUUGGGAUGAUCGCGCCAACGGCCCGCAAGAUGAACCAAUAUGGAUUGGUCGCUUCCUUGACCCAAGGCGCCCUCGAGUCCUUCAAUCAAUCUGACGGUCAGGAUCCUGCAGUUGCAGUUGCAGUGACAGCGACACCCCCGACUCCUACUUCUGUAGCCGCUCUGUCCAUACGUAGCAGCUCUCGAAAUUCGAUCCGCAACAACAGCAUCUCUGCCGGGUCCGGUUCUGGCUCCGCCACUGGCCCCACCGUCUCCGCGUCCCCGAACGCCGGUAAUGGCCUCCACAGUCCUCGAAUUGGGUAUGGCGGUCUCCGACGCCAAGAGUCCAGCAAUAGCAAUGGUGGCCUCCAUAGUCCUCAAGCCCAAUCCGCGACAGCUGUUGUAGAUGGUGGUGAAGAUGAAGGUGAUGGUGAUCCUGAAGCCCAGCGGCAGGAUUACUUUCCCCAUGCGCCUGUCACCCCCCCUGCUGAUCAUUCGUCGAUGUACCACCAACAACAGUACCAUCAUCACUACCAGCAGCAGAUGAAUUCUGUCAAGCGCAAGAGUAGUCUCUUGUCGACGGUUGUUACUCCUAGUGCCCUUGCCGCGACUACUACAAUCGCCGCUGUUCCUGUCGUUGCGACUGUUGUUGGAGAUGGAGGUGCUUCUGCGACCAACUUACCCCUCCACAGCGAGGGGGAUGAAGGUGCCGCCCAGCAGAAGGAACCUGACACCGUAGAGACUUUGGAUGUUGGCCCUGAUGGCGAUGACGAUGACGAUGACGAUGACGGUGAAGGGUCGGAGAUUUUGAUUGCUCUCCAGGACGACGACGAUAUUCAAGACCCCGGCGAUCCCGAUCCCAAUGUCGAGGUCGAGCCAGGGGCCGAAGGCACGAUUGAGAUCAUUAACCGAGUCUCCAACCCCGACCUUGGCUCCAACCACGACCGAUACCAAUGCCCAGCCGAGCCGGUUAUAAAGCCGGUGCAGGAAGUGGAUGCGGAUGCAGACGUCGAAAGUUUUGUCGAGACGCCGUUAGGUCACUUGACGCCUGUUGAAGGUGGCGAUGAUGAUGAUGGUUUCGAUUCGGAUGAGGUCGUGUUUGUAAUGAUGGCUCCUCCUGGUCCACUUGCUCCUGACUCUGGUCCUCUGCCUAUGCAUGUUGCUGUGCCUGCGUCCGAUCCUGGUCCUAAGGCCCCAACAUCGUCUUUAAGUAAGGCGGCAAGUGUACCGGUGCCAGAGUAA